AUCCAGGGAAGAGAGUUCUGGAACAUGUGAGAUCGUUUCUUUGUUAAUAGUGUGUGAAACAAGCACACUGCGCCAAGAAAAUGUAACCGAAUAUGAUCGGUUUUGCUCCGACAUAAUUUCAGCAGCACUGAAAUCAUUUAACAUGGAAAUAGAUGCUGACAAUGUCAUCAUAAAUCCGAAAGAGUACGUUCUUGGCAGCAAGAUCUCUGACAUUCUGGAAAAAAGAGUCAUGCAAUGCUUUCUUUGCGUGAGAACACAAUUACAGGAUUUAAUCAGACUCAGUUACAGACAUGUUUCCGCAGACUCGAUAGAUAUUCUAUAUUCGGAGCAACUAAUAACCUCAAUACAGGGAUUUCUGAAAAAUGGAUUAGGCUUUGUAGAUAUACUAGAGACCAGAAAAGAUGAACCUUUCAUAGACACGGUACUAGGCAAUUUAAUUCAAGUUAUUCGAUGUGCUCUUAUAGCUCCAUUGUCUGCAAAAUACGGUUUAUCGGAAGAUGCAUGCAAUCGCUUAGCUCAUGAAUUCAACUUCGAAAGCAGGCUGAUCAAAAGUGUCUCAAAAACCACACGCUACCAUCUGUCGGAGCUAGAAAAGCCUUGUGAAGAAAUGUUUAAAGCUACAAAACUUGGUAACAAAUCGCACCACUUUCCUGGCAGAAGUUUCGUAUUUAUUGCAUAUCCAUUGCGUAAAGAUAUCCAGGCUGUCCUCAGGGAGUUUGAAAGAGUUAUAUAUUGCGCUGGGCGUAUUGCAUCUACGAUGAAGAAGAUGUUGUACGAGAUCAGCGGAUAUCUCUACCGCUCUGUCAUUAAAGAAGAAGCCGAUAUGAAAAAAAUGCAAGUUGCUAUACCAGCAUUACUACGGGAAAGCAUUAUGGCAAUUGAUGGUGUAUUUGGUAUAGGAACUAUCUAUGGGCAACUAGAAGUUCAUCUUAAGAAUAUGGAACAUGAGAGGGAAGCAGUAGUUCAGAGAAAGGUUUGUGAAAUGAUUAAUAAUUUCAAAUUCACCCAGCCAUACCGAGUGGUCAGAGUUUUGCAAGAGCCGGAGAAGUUUUGCUUCGAGACUGGAUAUCAUAUUGAAUAUCUAAGAGAUGUGGCAUUUCAUCUUUCGGGUACUUUGGGUGGUUUCGUCUAUGAUGGCGAUGGUAAUCUAUACGGGCUGACUUGUGCUCAUGCGCAACAAUAUGUCUUAAUUAAAAAUGGUAUAUUUCCAAAUGAUGACAACCGUUCUUUGAUUGACAUCGCUGCAGUAAAAGUAUUAGGGAACAUUCAACAGCGAUGCAGUAUUAACCUCAAAGAUGAAGACGGAAAGAAGAAGCCCACAGAGUUGUGUAAGCCCACAGAGCUAUACACAAAAGCGCCAAAUGAAAUUGUUACAGAACAGGCAUACAAAUAUGGAGCUGGUUCAAAUCUUACAAAAGGCAUCAUAUGCUCGGCCGACUUCACCAUCCGUCUUGGUAGAGCUGAGAGCGAUCACCUUGUUCUGAUAGAUUGUCUUCCUGGAAGUGAUGACGGCCCAUAUGCUACAGAAGGGGACAGUGGCUCUAUUACCUGCAUUACUGAUGUAGGUAAACAUGCUGUCAAAAUAAAAGCAGUCUCAAUGUUAUGCCAUGGACGAUAUUUAAUAGAUGACAGUGAAUUAUGUGUCACAUUUUUGUUGCGUAAAGGGUUAGAGAAAUUGCAAAAGUCAGCCGGUGUAGAACUGAUACUGCCAGCAGAUAAGAGCUAGUGACUAAGUGACUUUCAAUUAGGAAAUGUAGCUUAGGAACAUGACAUUUUCUGUUACAUUUCAGCUCACCUGAAGGGUGAGCUGUUAAAACAGAUCGAUGUUCAGGCGAUCGAAUGUCAUUGUCCGUCUACAGAUUUUCUUCUGAAACUGUCAGUUGAAGUGUCACAAAUUUUGGUCUGUAUUUGUGCAAAUGGUUCCACUGGAAGCGUUUAAGGCACUUCCAGAGCUACCAAUAUGAAGACUUUCAGACAACUUUUUUCCACCAAUAAACUGAUGGGUCUUUUCCAAACUUGGCCUGUAUCAUCCUUGUAUGAUUCUUAUUUCGAUUUUAAUCAAGUUUUUCUGCUUGAGUCCUUUUACGUUUCACCAGAGCUUAAGGUAGUUCUGCACGUUAGGAUCGAAAUUUAUUUUACAAUGUAGAAUUUGAUUAAACUCUGAUUUUUCAAAACUAAAUAAAAACUAUAUAUGAAAAUUCAGCAAAUAAAAAAGAUCGGGUCGUGUGCUUGAUAUUUUGCUAGACUGAUUUGAAAAAUUUCGACCUCACGCAAGUUUUCAUAAUGGGAGUCUAUGGGAAAAACGCAAUUUUCAAAACACUUUCGCGAAUAAAAAUAUUUCUACAAUGUAGAUUUUAAUGAAACUUCUCACAGUCGUAAAUAAACAUAUGGCUUAUAAUAUGAUGAAAUAAAAUGUAUAGGUCCGUGUGCUUAUUUUCGAGAUAUUUGUCUACGAUUAGAGUGAACCGCCUAUUUAAAGCUAAUUUUAAGACAUUAUUUUGAAUCAUUUAACGUGCAAGAUGUUUUAAUAUCAUAUUUUAACUUUAGAAAGAAAGUAACAAAACUCCAACUGAGACGUCCUUGUAUGGACCUGUUUGAGGUAUUUAUAAAUGCUUGCACACCAAUUACUUCCUUUUAGGGGCAUCCCGAGCUAAAAAGUAUCGCCCUUUAAGCAACGUCUGAUGAACCACUUGAUGUCUGUUGUAUCCUUGAUUGGACCAUGUUCAGGUUUAUUCUUGUAGUAAUGAACUUCUCGGUGGAUCUACGAAGAACUUGGUCUGUAACAUUCUUGCAUGAACUUCUUUUGAGUUUAUUUAAAUUAUUUCACUUCACCCCAUUUAGGGACUGCAAGAGCUUUAAAUAGACAAAAAACCUUUAAACAGCCUCUGUUCAUCAACAAUUCGAUGGAUCUUCCCCGAACUUAGCAUGUAGCACCCUUGGUUAAACCUCUCCUAAGUUUGUUCCACGAAUACCCAUAACUGCAUUUUAGGGCGUCCAGGGAAAAGAAGAAAGCAUAUUAGAUAAACGGAUGUUCGCCAAACUUGGUUAGAAAAAAUGUCAAAGGAACAAAGUAUUCCUAAGGUGAGCGGCUUAGGCUCGUUAAGGAAUAUAUGGAAAUGAUUCUGCUUUUUACAUAUGAAAUUAAAUCCUUAACUUGGCUAUGUUAUCCAUAACAUAUACACAAAUAUGGAUCCGAAAUUUUGAUACUCUGUUAUGUAUGGUGUUCUGAAAUAACAAGUCAACGAUAGACAUUUUAUAAAAGUAUUUCAUUUUGUUGUCCGUGCAAUUUCUGUCGCUUACAUGUCAGCAAGAAAAAAACAACAAAAGAAAACAACAUAAAAUAAAACAGGUGGAAGCUUUUGACACGUUGGCAGGUUUUAAAGCACCAUAAUUAAGUGAAGUCACUCAAUAUACAUUUAGCGUGAAAAUGAUAAAAAUCUUUUUCUUCUAUAUAACCCUCCGCUGUAACACCUUGGCCUUUUUAAUAUUGUUUUGCUUGUGUUGUGUUGUAUUGUGUUGUGUUUUACUAUAGUGUAGUGUAUUGUAUCACAUGGAAAUGUUGGUUGGAAAUUUUAACUGUAUUAAAUAAAUGUAUAAUUAUCAAGUGAAUGUAUUUCAUUGUAAUUAUAUUCGUUUGAUCUAAUAAUUGUGUCAAUGUAUAUAGAUGUGAUGUUUAAAACCGCUUUAAACUAAGUCAUAGUGUAAGCUGAAAAGAGGUACAUGUAUUUUAACCAAAAAAAAGUUUUAUUUCUUAAAUGACAAAAAGACGAAGAGAAGUUUAAGAAAACAUGUAAUGACGCCACCAAUCGCAUAUCGUAGGACACUUUUUGUUGUUGAAAUUUUCUUAAAUUUCGAUUUGUUUACUACAAUUUUUUUUCAAAUGCCGUUUCAUAGUCACUAGAAGUAGUUGCAUCAUCGUUACAUUUUAAGUCCAUAUAAUUACAAUUUCAAUGGAAAAAUCAGAAGUUUUCUAGUUGAAGCUUGUAUGUAUAUUAUAUUAACAAAACAAUACUUGACAGAUUUUACGGUUGUACCAGAACAAGUAUUGACACAUUUUAAUUCAGUCAUUGAUUGUUCAUCUCUCGAUGUUUAAAUGCUUUUAUUCUAGUCAUGUCUUAUUAGCCCUAAAUCUGUAAUGUAUCAUAUAUUUAAGAUAUAGAAGAAACAUAUGAAAUUUCAUCUCAAUUGUCAGAAAUAUUCCACUCAGGCUAAUAAUUUGUUUCAAUUUUAGUGUCAGUAUUACAUAAUUUACAUAGAAAUGGAGUUAGCCUUGUAAUUCUCCUGUUGUUUGAAUAAUUUUGUUGCAAAACAUUAUACAAUAAUUUGUAAAUAUUUUUUGUGUCAUUGUAUUUCUUUCAAAACAGUUUCAAAUGUUUCAACAUAUGUUAUUACUUUUGCCUGAUAUAUUGUUUGAUUGUUAAUGUCAUAACUAUGGUAACAACAUUUAGGAAAAGAUCCUUUUGAAGCAUAUAUCGCAACCAAGUAACAUAAUUGGAGACUCUGUUGGAUCGUGGUAUUGAAAUGAAAUGUGCAGCACCCAUCACGCCUCUUGUCACCGGCUUGAAAUCUAUUACAGUAAAAAUGAAGGUUCUCCCAGAAAAUAAAUCAACACUGAAAAAAUUUAUCACACUUCAGAGCCUAAAAACGUUAGCGUUUAUACAUUUGCUACUACUACAUAUAUAAUGAUUUUGAACAAGUCUUUUUCUCAGUCUUAGGCAUCAUGUUACCAUAUUAAUUGUUUCUUUGAUUUUUUUAUGCCCCCGAAGGUGGGCAUAUUAAAAUCGCACUGUCCGUCCGUCCAUCCUUGCGUCCGUGUGUGCGUCCGGUAAAUUCUUGUUCGGGUUGUAACUCUUCCAUUCAUAAAGGGAUUUUGAAAUAACUUGGCAUAAAUGUUCACCAUAAUGAGACGACGUGUCAUGCCCAAGACCCAGACAGCUAGCUCCAAGGUCAAGGUCACACUUAGAGGUCAAAGGUUAACAUGGUCUGUUUCGUGUCCCGUCUAUAACUCUGCCAUCCAUGAAGGGAUUUUGAGAAAACUUGGCAUAAAUGUUUACCAUAAUGAGAUGACGUGUCAUGAGCAAGACCCAGACCCUAGCUCCAAGAUCAAGGUCACACUUAGAAGUCCAAGGUUAACAGGGUUUGUUUUGUACCCGGUCCAUAACUCUGCCAUUCAUUAAGGGAUUUUGAAAUUACUUGGCAUAAAUGUUCCUCAUAAUGAGACGAUGUGUCAUGAGCAAGACCCAGACCCCUAGCUCAAAGGUCAAGGGCACACUUAGAGGUCAAAGGUUAUCAUAGUCUGUUUCUUCUCCAGUCCAUAACUCUGUCAUUAAUGAAGGGAUUUUGAAAUUACUUGGCAUAAAUUUUCCCUAUAAUGAGAUGAGAUGUCAGUCGCAAAACCCAGACCCCUAGAUUCAAGGUCAAGGUCACACUUAGAAGUCAAAGGUGUUUCUUGUCUGGUUCAUAACUCUGCCAUUUUUCAAGCGAUUUGAAAAUAAUUCCAUACAAAUGUUCACCAUAUUGAGAUGUGUCACGCUUAUGACCAGGCCUCUUAGGUCAAGAUCAAAGUCACAAAAUGAUACUAGUAUGUGAUUUUUGCGCAUACAUCUGUGGCAUUCUUGGUACUACUUCGGGGGCAUUUGUCACCAGUAGUGACAGCUCUUGUGGUUUUUUUGUGAUUUUUUUAAUUUUUGUGGCAGGUGAAUAAACGUCACAGAUCAUUUUUGCAAUUAAAGAAUGAUAUAUAGAUACUAUAUAUAGCCAUAUAUAGAUACUAUAUAUAGCCAUAUUGUCCGGAUCAUCUCUGCCUAUUUAUUAUUUUGGUUUCGGUUUUGUUAGAUUGUUACUCAAGUGUUUUGUUAAAAUAAAGUAAUGUGUACAUAAAAUGAGUAGAAUAAAGGUUUGUAA